AGAGGGAAAGAAAGAAGGGAGGAGACGUUAAAACUAGCGAAUAUCUCUCGUAAGAGACUGCUUAUAUUCAUAGUAAAAAGUAUUGUUUAAGUCGCAAAUAUUGUUGCCAAUAUAGAAUCUUUUUUUUCUUUAUUUGACAUAAAUAAUUAUUACAGGUUUUGUUUUUAUUUUCACUAAGAUUUUCCUGUUCAAUAAUAAUACUCAGUGUUCCUUGCAAGUUGCCUGAAUAUUGUAAAGUCCGUUAAACAUUAAAUUAUAAUAAUGGCUGAGACACAAAGAAUGACUGUGUACGGAAGACAUCCUCCGUGUGCUUAUAGCAGCAGAUUAGACGAUCGCCGAUCUAAAAGGAUGGCAUUACGACAUGAAAGAAAUAGAAAGCCGGAUAAGCCGGAUGAUUUCGUAUGUUACGAGUCGAGUGACGAUGAAGCCGAGACGGUGACCGAAGGCAAACAGUUCCUGAGAACAUCCUUCAACUUCGUAGAUUAUGUACGCGCACGCGAAACGAAUACGCGCGAAGUGCGGAAUAUCAAUCAGGAAUACGGUUCCCGUCAUAUAUUGACGCACGAUUUAUUCAAGGAAUAUUCGGUCAGCUUGAACAACAUGAACAAAGUAUUCUGUUCGCAGUGGUUAAGUGAUAGACAAGUAGUAUUCGGUACAAAGUGCAAUAAGCUUAUGGUUUAUGACGUAGCGACGCAAAAAUUAGAUCAAAUUCCGUCUCUUCACGGAAGACAGCUCAGUCCGGGCGGUAACGUUAUGCCCGAGCAGCAAUGUGGCAUUCAUUCCGUUCAAAUUAAUCCUUCGAGAACUCUUUUAUCCACCGGCGCAAGAAAUAGUAAUGAAAUAGCGAUCUAUAGAUUACCGACUUUGGAUCCAGUUUGCGUCGGCGAAAGUGGCCAUAGAGAUUGGGUAUUCGAUAUGUGCUGGUUGGAUGACGAAUUUUUAGUGUCCGGUUCUAGAGAUACGAAAAUGGCUCUAUGGCGUAUUGAUAGUGAUCUCGCUGAAGCUCCCGAUAAAGCAGAUGUGCCUACACAUAGAUUGAUUCAGCCUGUCUGCGUGAAAGAAUGCAAGUCCGCACAGAAAGUCCGAGCGCUAGCAUUCAAUAAAGCAUACAAGGAGAUCGCAGCGUUGACCCUCAAUAGCUUUAUACAUAUCUGGUCGGCCGAAUCCUUCAAACAGAAAAUAUCUAGAAAACUGCCAGCCUGCCAGGAAAAUGUUUGUCUUGCUGUACAAGACGAUGGUGUGUACGCAAUUGGAUGUAGGUCUUAUACUCUUCUACUGGACGCACGUACAUUGCAACCAAUUAAAAAAAUACCCUCAAGAUAUAGCGGUUGUGGUAUUAGAUCAGCAAGUUUUCAAGGAUCUGUUCUAACUAUUGGAACUGGACUAGGAAUGCUUAUGUUCUACGAUGUUAGAGCUCAAAAAUAUCUAGAAUCUUCUAUAAAUUCUAAUAGAACUGUUGUGUUAAAAGCUUCAAAAGGAUAUGUGUUUCCGGAUGAAGAAUAUAUAGAUGGUUUUCAAAAUGUAAAAUACACUCCCGCCAUUUAUACGCAUUGCUAUGAUGCAUCGGGUACUCGACUAUUUACAGCAGGUGGUCCAUUGCCUGCAAAUCUAUACGGCAACUACGCAGGAUUAUGGCAAUGAAGAUUUAAGCAAAUGAAACAAAAAAUUGAUUAAUCCUACAUAUUACAUGGAAAACUUGGAAGUAGAAAUAAUUUAUAUUUGAAAUAACUUAACGGUUAUAUCGAAUCUGU